AUGCCGGACGCUUCGUAUGCUGCGUGGCAACCUCCUGCCGUGGAAGGCGAAAGGCCUGUUCACGUUCUGGUGACUGGCUUUGGCCCCUUCCUCGACAAAUACCCCAAGAACUCCUCCUGGGAAAUCGCCUCCACGCUGCCCGCCCUAAUCCCCGCCUCACCCACCAACCCAACCCCGAUCCACAUCAGAGUCCACCAUGAGCCCAUCCGCGUCACCUACCAGAACGUUCUCAACACUGUGCCCCAACUGCUACCACCCAGCAGCUUCUACUCCCCGUCUCCAGACAUCGUCCUGCACAUUGGUCUAGCGGCAAGCCGCUCGUUCUACGCCAUCGAGCAGGGCGCGCACUCGCGCGGCUUCGGCAAGACGAACGACGUCGACGGGGACCUGUUCGCGGACGCACUGGCCGACGACUUGUUUCCCGUGGCACACUACCCGGAGGUGCUGCACACGGGAUUCGACACGGCGGACGUGCUAACGCGGUGGAAACGGUGUCUGGGGUCAUCGACCACCGCGGACGUGCGCACGAACCCCGAUGCUGGAAACUUUUUGUGUGGGUUUAUUUACUACAACUCGCUGGCGCAUUAUCACAUGAUGAAUGGACAGGGCGGGGAGAAGCCGGUGGUGUUCAUGCAUGUGCCGGAUCUGAGUACGAGUGAGGCCAUGCUGCAGGAGGGGUGGGAGGUUACAGUUGCGCUGAUCAAGGCCUUGGUGGAGAGCAGGAAGAAAGUGGGUUUGCAUACUAGUUGGGGUGAGGGGUGGGGUGUGGGGGUGCAGGAGGACGAUAGCCGGAAUAACACUCUUACUUAG